AUGUUUGGGGUGUACGAUGGUCACGCUGGCCGCCACGUGUCGCAGUAUCUGAAGGACCACCUGUUUGAGAAGGUCACGAAGGAGCCGGAGUUUGAGGAGGGGGACUACGAGGACGCACUCAGUCGGGCAUAUGCGGAGAUGAACCGGGAGAUCCUGCUUAAGGAGCGGCGCCUCCACCUCCGCCGCGGCGGCGCGGUCGCCGUGACCGCGCUCCUGUUCCGCGGCGCGCGUGCGGUGAUCGCGAACGCGGGCGACGCGCGCGCGGUCCUCUGCAAGGAGGACGUCACGGUCGAGGAGCUGACACAGACGCACCGCGCGAGCGAACCGCGCGAGGCGCGGAGCGUGCGCGCGCGCGGAGGGGAGGUGGUCUGCAAGCCAGAGACCGGGGUGUGCCGGGUCGACGGGCGGCUGAUGCCGUCGAGGGGCUUCGGAGACUUGGACGUGUCAGACCACAUCACCGUGGAGCCGCACGUGUGGUCGGGGGAACUCCCCGAGGGCCAAACCUCGUUCCUCGUGCUCGCGAGCGACGGCCUCUGGGACGCGAUGGGCGAUCUAGAGGUGGCGCAAAUGGUGAUGAGCAGGCAAGUGGCCGUUUUGCACUUGACCUCGCGCCUUGAGGAACAUUCUCACUGGCCUCUGAUGUUGAUGCUCGACUUUGUCAUCAAUGGGUCAGAAAGAGACUGUGUCUGGCAGGAGAUCUGGCAGUGUUUCGUUUCUGAUGACAAGGCGGCUCCCUGGACUCAAAGGGGCGACACGGCGCAGGAGAAGGAGCUGGAGGUGGUCGCCCGCGACCUGGUGUGCGCGAGCGAGCGCGGCGGGAGCAAAGACGACGUGUCGGUGAUCGUGUGCCGGGUGAGGAGAGCCGGGAAGAAGCGGAGGAGGGGGCGGGAAGACGAGAACCGAAAUGGUGGGGAAGAAGCGGAGGAACUAGAAGGGGGAGACGAAGAAGAGGAGGAGGGGGGGGGGGAGGAAGAAGAAGAGGACGAGGAAUUAGAGGGGGAGGAGGAAGAAGAGGAUGAGGGCGAGGAGGACAUAACUGGUAUCGUGCCGCCUGCGCGGCUAGCAGGAGGGUAG